UUGUCGCAUCUGACCCUCCCAGGUUCACCGGGGUAGGUAGUGCCGGUACGGCCCAGUGCAGGUACGGAAGCUGAGGCCCAGGGAGGCGGAGUCACCUGACCAAGGUUACGCACCUGCAAGGAUCCUGCAUUCCUGGAUGAUCUGGCCCCAGAGCCCCUGUGCCCGGCCAGAGCCCAUUGCCACACUCGCUGUCCCUGCGUCCCCCAGGCCCAAACCGUGUAUGCUGAGGAUGACGAUGGGCCAGAGCCCGGAAGCCCUGCGUUUAGUCUCCCUGAUCCUCCCAGGAAUUUAGCCAGGGAUACGGAUUUUCCCCGACUUUACAGAUGGAGAAACUUAGAGCGGUUGGUGGCUUGGAAGUGACUAAGCUAAUAGGAAGUAGAACUGGAAUUCAAACUCCGAUUUUUUUUUUUUUUCCAAAGCACACUUUUUCACCUACGAAGCAAGAUAAACUCCCGUUUAGGGUUUAUAAUCCAGCUGCAGAAGACGUCAACGUUACCUUUGAAGAUCAGCAGAAGAUCAACAAAUUUGCACGGAAUACAAGUAGAAUCACAGAGCUGAAGGAAGAAAUAGAUGUAAAAAAGAAACAACUCCAGAAUUUGGAAGAUGCUUGUGAGGACAUCAUGCUUGCAGAUGAUGACUGCUUAAUGAUGCCUUAUCAGAUCGGCGAUGUUUUCAUUAGCCAUUCUCAAGAGGAAACGCAAGAAAUGUUAGAAGAAGCAAAGAAAAAUUUGCAAGAAGAAAUUGACGCCUUAGAAUCCAGAGUGGAAGCAAUUCAGCGGGUGUUAGCAGACUUGAAAGUUCAGUUAUAUGCGAAAUUUGGGAGCAACAUAAACCUUGAAGCUGAUGAAAGUUAAACGUUUUAUAAUACUUUUUAAAAUUUGUUUAAUAAACUUGAAUAUUGUUUAAAUGAUAAUUUCCUUUCUUCAAAUGAUAUGGAGAGCAAAACUUUCUUUUUUUAAAAAAAUUUUCUUUUAUUUAAUGGAAACUUGCCUAUUUUCACAUGUCUUGCUUAUUUAUUUUAUAUUUUUAAAAGAAGACAGUAUUCAUCUAUGUAUUUUGCAUAACGACUAUAUCAAAUGUAGGGAUUGAUGUCAUGUUAUUAAAGACAGUUAAGCAAUCGUU